UGACACCAGCUAUCCUUGCUGGCGUUGGGAUCACCGGCCGAACCGCGUCCGUUUCCCGUGGUGCCACUCUCUGCUUCUCCCCAUAAAAAUCUCUCCAUUUCAAAGAAAAUCUUCUCCUUUUCUUCGCUGCCAAGAGAAACCCGGGACCAGGGUCAAUAGCUCGGAUCUGGGUCUCUCUGCUUCUCUGAGAUUCUCCCAAAUUAAAACCCGAAAAUGCCGCAAGAAGAUCCGACGAAGAUCCCGGUCCAUCAGCCUCUUUAUGGCACCUUUUCACCAGUCUAUCCUCAUUCCGCAUCCAUCCAAUCAACGCCUGCUUUUCCUCCACCUGGGCUUUCAACACCUCCACCCCCAUCCUUUUAUCAGAAUCCACAAACCUAUCAUGCAAUCCCAGGAAACAGGGCAAUACGACCCCAUAUUGGUGGUGAAGUGGGGUAUCAAACUUACGGGGCAGUUGUGGAAGGUAUUCCAGUGAGGAGGCCUCGGCUUCCUUGCUGUGGUAUGGGCAUUGGGUGGUUCUUGUUCUUGACAGGAUUCUUUUUUGCUGCUGUUCCAUGGUAUGUUGGUGCUUUCAUUCUACUCUUUGUUGUGGUAGACUACAGGGAGAAAGCAGGAUUGAUUGCUUGUACAAUUGGGUUGCUGCCGAAGGCCAUGCGAGAGAUGAUAUCUCCAGUUAGAUUUUGGAGUUCAGGCCAGACAUCCAAUUCACAAGAUCCUUGGGGACCAACCAACUCCCCCCAUCGCUGGAUCAACUCGCUGCAACUGGUAGAAAAUGCCGGUCUCAUUGCCUGCAACAUAGGUGAAAAGCAGGAGUGAUCAUCUUCCUGCGCUUGGUCCAUUCCUCUCCUUCCAAUGCUGAAACUCCCCUGGUUAACAGAUUUAUGAGACGGUUGAGAGGUGGCUUCCGGAAGUGAUUGAACUUGUUUGAUAGGACUUGUUUCAUGAGCUCUGGAUCUUAAUGAUCACUCGAGGGGUUGUACCGAUCCACAUAACAAAUAGCUGGCCUGUGUUCCAAUAUCCAAAAACAUCACUCUAGAGCAUGAAUACCCAUAAGUUUAGUAAUAUGCGAAUAUGAAAGGAUCAACCUAAAAACUUGACUCGACUGAGUUCUUAUUUGACUUGACUUGAUAUUUAAUAGAUAAAUUAACAGAUAUUAAGAGUAAGAGCUUUGCUAAGCCCACAAGUGUGUGUGCAAUAAAGCUCAUGUGAAUGCUACACAUGCCGGCAUGGCAUGAUAGGUCCAAGAUCCAAUCCAUCCAUUAGAAUAAUACCACUAUAUUGGUGUUAGCCCAAGAGUCAGGUUGACCCACUUGUCAGUCAGGCCACAGUUUGCAAAACAAAUAAGCGGCUGUGAAAAACUUGGAUGAAGUUUUAUGACCCUUCCACUUGUUUCCAACGUUGAGGCCCACAUGUUGAUUGAGCCAGAUAUAUUUUUGGAAUCACAUGUAGAAGGUUGGACGAACCUGAUGGAUUGGAUCUGGCACCUGUGUCAUGCUGGCAUGUCGGAAGUGUACAUGAGCUUCACAGCGACGUAUGGGUUUAGCAAAGCUCUUAGAAUAAUAGCAUUUGUUUACAUGUGUUUAAAAAUGCGGCAAAAGAGUCAUAUUUACAAUGCUUGGUGCAUCGGUAGGUGGGUUCUAUGUGUGUCAUUGAGGUCAUGAGUUUGAAUGCAAGCGACUCGGACUGACUCGGCACAAAAGCUCGUUGACCUGGUUGAGUUUUGAGCCUGAGUCACUGAGAUUUAUAAUUGCGGAUGAAAAUAUCACUAUCUAAAAGCUAGAGCAAAUGAAAUGAAUACGAAAACAGGAAGAGAAGAAACAACUACAACUAUAAACGACAGGUCAUGUACCCUUAUUUUGCACCAAGUCAUAGAAGUAAGGGUAGACACGUGGCACUAUUUGGUGCGUUAGAUUCAUGGGUUUAGACCAUGCUGCCUUCAUCAACCUUUCCAUCUCUUUCAUGUCACCAUAGAAGAGUUUGUAAGGGUUGCCUUUAACUCCUUAAUGGUUGAGGUGUUUCUGUAGUUUCAUGGGUCUCCACCAGAUGGAAUAAGCUACUGUCACAGCACAUGAGAGAAGCAGAAAAGCUGAUAUGAUCAGAAAAAUCGAGAGGAAUUCGUCCAUCCUUUCUUUAGAUCAAGUGCAAGCCCUGGGGUGUGAGAGUAGGAGGAAGCUUGGGUGGGAUAUUUAUAGGUGAGGAAUGAGAAACUGAUGGGUAAGAAAGAGAUAACAGCACAGCAAAGGCAAUGGGAAAUGGGCCAAAGAUCUUAAUGUGAAGAUUUUUGGAACGUCGGUAAUCCAUACAUGUCAACGGUCUAGAUCCCUGAAUCAUAUGCUUGGUGUGUACAGAAAUGGAAUCCUGCAUCAGCAUAGUACAUUUACACUGUCAUGAGGCGUUGAUGGAUUAUUAUAGUACGGUUGAUGGUUACAUCUAGUUGUUUA